GCGCAACUGUGUUUCGUAACUUUCAUUAUUUCAGAAAUUUCGGAUGGCGAAUGUCAGACAUUUAAUCAAGUUUUCUGCGCCUAGCAGGGCACUGGUGCAGUCAGUCCAGAACCGCAGUUUGGCUACAGCUGCUGCAGCGACUCAAGUUCAGCCUAAACUAAAGAAAUUCUCUAUCUACAGAUGGAACCCUGAUAAAGCUGGUGACAAGCCUCAUGUACAGACUUAUGAAGUAGAUCUAAACAAAUGUGGACCUAUGGUCCUUGAUGCAUUGAUUAAGAUAAAGGACACAAUCGACCCAACUCUCACUUUCCGUAGAUCAUGCCGUGAGGGAAUCUGCGGUUCUUGUUCCAUGAAUAUAAAUGGCGGCAACACACUAGCCUGUUUAUGUAAAAUUGAUGAUAACACCAGUAAAGCUAUGAAGAUCUACCCACUACCACACAUGUAUGUUGUUAAAGACUUGGUACCCGACAUGAGUAACUUCUAUGCCCAGUAUAGAUCCAUUGAACCAUAUCUAAAGAAAAAGGAUAUUGACGAGAAGGAUAUUGGCAAAGUCCCAUACUCUCAAUCCCCAGAAGACAGAGCAAAGCUGGAUGGAUUAUACGAGUGCAUCCUGUGUGCGUGCUGCAGUACAUCUUGCCCCAGCUACUGGUGGAAUGGUGACAAAUACCUAGGACCAGCAGUACUAAUGCAGGCUUACAGGUGGCUCAUUGACUCGAGAGAUGACUUCACAAUGGAGAGGCUAUCAAGGUUGCAGGAUAAAUGGUCUGUCUAUAGGUGUCAUACCAUCAUGAAUUGCACCAAGACUUGUCCCAAGGGCUUGAACCCAGGUCUGGCUAUUGGAGAAAUCAAGAAAAUGCUGUACAAUUUAAGUGUCCCAGCUAAUCAAGAGGCUCGGGCCAAAUAGAGAGACUUGACAUUGAGUAUUUGAGACUAUUAUUUCAUGAUCCUCUAUAGAGACAUAUAGAACGGAGACAACACCAGAUAUAAGAUCCAAAGGACCUGCAUUUGUGGUCAUUGGCCUAGUGUGUAGACAACAGCUAUGUGACUCAAUGCAAUAUUAGGCCUAUUGAAAGGAACAUUAGGAUGUGAUGAUUGACUAUAAAUACUACAACAUACAUGGUGUAAAUACAGACAGACUUAUGCCAAAGUUGAUAAUCCAAAAAUAUCAAAUUGGAAUAUAGGCUACUUGUUGAGUUGUUAAGUUUAAAAAACAUUUUGGAUGAUAAUUGGGACUUAAAAAAUUAUUUAUUUUUAUUUUCGAUAAAUGCUUAGUAGAUUUGAAUAUGUAUUAAUGUAUGUGCAUAAGAAACCUAGCAUGUUAUUAUGUAGUAUAUAAUAUAUGUUAUAGUUUCUAUAUGUACCGUUUCUGUAUGUACUAUUGAUGAUGAAGUAAAGGAUGCAUCAUUGUUGAUUUUACACACUUGAAUGUGAAAUAAUUACUAUAGUACAUGUAUUAUUAAAUAUGUACCUCCUGUGUACGUUUCUGUACAAUAAAUUUCAGAAGACAA